AUGCAUGGUGUCUUCAAGGGCAAGCAGGAGCCUGCCAGAUGCCUUUCCCUCCAUGAGACCAGAGCCAAGGCCAGCUUUGGAGGGAUGAAGGCCCUUCCUGCCCAGAAGAGCUGCGUGGACAUCUUCAGACAAAAGCUGCCCGGGUGGGGCCGCUUUGGCGCCGGCCACUCGGCCACCUUUAUCGCUCCCCGCCUCUCCCUGGGAUUUUCCAGCGGGUUAAUUUCCUGUCCCGGUCGCCCCCGCGCGCCCGGGCGCACGCCGUCCCCGGCCGCCUUCCAGCUCCCAGCGCCUGGUCGCCGGGACCCCGCGCGCCGCCCCGCGCCAGGGUUCGCUCCGAGAGCCAGGUCCGAGUCGCCGCGGCUCGCUCCGGUCCCCCCGGCCAUGCGCCCCCGCGCCGCCCCCCGCGCCCCCGCCGGCCGCGCCGCCGCCGCCGCGCUCGAGCUCUGCAGCCUCCUGCUGCUGCUGCUGCUGCUGCUGCUCCGGCCGGGACACGCGUGCCCCGCGGGCUGCGCCUGCACCGACCCGCACACCGUGGACUGCCGCGACCGCGGGCUGCCCAGCGUGCCCGACCCUUUCCCCCUGGACGUGCGCAAGCUGCUGGUGGCCGGCAACCGCAUCCAGCACAUCCCCGAGGAUUUCUUCAUUUUCUACGGCGACCUGGUGUACCUGGACUUCAGGAAUAACUCGCUGCGCUCGCUGGAGGAGGGCACGUUCAGCGGCUCGGCCAAGCUGGCUUUCCUGGACCUCAGCUACAACAACCUGACCCAGCUGGGCGCGGGCGCCUUCCGCUCGGCGGGGAGGCUGGUCAAGCUGAGCCUGGCCAACAACAAGCUGGCGGGCGUACACGAGGACGCCUUCGAGACCCUGGAGUCGCUGCAGGUGCUGGAACUCAACGACAACAAUCUGCGCAGCCUCAACGUGGCCGCCCUGGCCGCGCUGCCCGCGCUGCGCACCCUGCGCCUGGACGGGAACCCCUGGCUCUGCGACUGCGACUUUGCCCACCUCUUCUCCUGGAUCCAGGACAACGCGUCCAAGCUGCCGAAAGGCCGCGAGGAAAUCCAGUGCUCCCUGCCCCUGGGGAACAGGAGGAUAUUCCUGCAUGAGCUGUCCGAGGCCAGCUUCAGCGAGUGCAGGUUCAGCCUGUCGCUCACGGACCUGUUCAUCAUCAUCUUCUCCGGGGUGGCCGUGUCCAUUGCUGCCAUCAUCUCCAGCUUCUUCUUGGCCACCGUGGUGCAGUGUUUCCAGAGGUGCGCGCCCAACAAGGACACGGAAGACGAGGACGAGGAUGAGGACGACUGA